AUGCCUGUACCGUAGCACCAUGACCCUGAACACUCAGAGAGGGAAGGAGCCCCUGCGGCGGAGAGGCAGCACGCCCAUCCCCCCAGCCCACUUCUACAAGCACCCAUCCUUGACCCAAGACCCUCAGGACCCCCGGCUUCCCAGGAGAAACCACCAGGAGCCCGAGCCCCCCCACCCCCAGCGCAGCCACCCUCCCCUGGGACAGUCUGCGUCCUACCACCCUGGAGACAAGUCCCUGCACUACCGAGCCCAGUGGAGCUCGGACUCGGACGACGACUCGCAGAGUGACUCGGACUGUGUUUACAGAGUUGUGUUGCUAGGCGACCAAGGUGUCGGAAAGACCAGCCUGGCAGGAAUCUUUGCCGGGAUCACAGAGAAAGAGGAACAACCUGGAGAAGACUCAUACGAGCGGAAACUGACAGUAGAUGGAGAGGAAACAACACUCAUCGUCAUGGAUACCUGGGAGAACGACAAACUGGAGGGGGAGGAAGACUCCUCGCAAGACCCCAGUCUGAAGGUCGGGAGUGCGUACGCCAUCGUCUACUCGGUCACCGACCGUUGCAGUUUUGAAGCCGCCUCUGAGCUACGGAUCACUCUGCGACGCACCCGCCAGGCCGAAAACAUUCCCAUUAUCCUUGUGGGCAACAAGAGUGACCUCGUCCGGUCCAGAGAAGUCUCUGUGGAAGAAGGCCGAGCGUGUGCAGUGGUGUUUGACUGUAAGUUCAUCGAGACGUCGGCGUCUCUGCAGCACAACGUGACCGAGCUGUUCGAGGGCGUGAUCCGACAGAUCCGCCUCCGUCGGGGCGGCAGCAAAGCCGUUCAGCGCCAAACUUCCUUCUACAAGCGCAAAGAGAGCAUUACCCAGAAGGCUCGCCGCUUCCUGGACCGACUGGUGGCACGCAACAACCAGCGCAUGGCGGUCAAAGUGCGCUCCAAGAGCUGCCACGACCUGGCCGUCCUCUGAAGACUAGAAGAGACAGGUCGGACAUUAUUUGACUCAAUUAAGUUCUCUGGUUGUAAUAACUUGGACAAUGGCGUUGUUUUUCCUGUUCGGUCAGCAAGUUGAUGAUUCAAAUCAAAGUCAAUGGACAGUCGUUGGGAACAAACACUGUUUGAACUUUUGGUUUCCAAAUAUUUGGGACUUUUUCUCCAGAUGAUCUGAAAAAACUGACUUUCAAGGAUCAGCACUGUUGCGUUGGAUGAAUGACUGUGUGUGUG